ACAUCUCAGCUCCAUAUGUGGCAGAACUUCAUAGGAGGUCGGAGAGGCCCCAACAGGACGUCCUACUGCCGAAACCCACUCUGUGAGACGGGUCCGAGCGGUGGGCCCGGGCACGCCUCCAGCUCUUCGGUCACGGGCGUGCGGUCCAGGGCUAGGAGCAGCUCAGGCACAGGCCUCUCCAGUCCCCCUCUGGCUACUCAGACAGUGAUCCCCCUUCGGCACUGCAAGAUCCCAGAGCUGCCCGUCCAGCCGAGCAUCCUGUUUGAACUGCAGCUCUUCUUCUGCCACCUUGUGGCUCUCUUUGUCCACUAUAUCAACAUCUACAAGACCGUCUGGUGGUACCCGCCUUCUCACCCGCCUUCACAUACCUCCCUGAACUUCCACCUGAUUGACUUCAACGUGUUGACCGUCACCACCUUGGUGCUGGGUCGACGGCUCAUCGGGGCCAUCGUGAAGGAGGCUUCUCAGAGCAGCAAGGUCUCCCUCCCACGCUCAGUCUUCUUGGUCAUCACUCGCUUUGCCGUCCUCACCGGGACAGGCUGGAGCCUGUGCCGUUCCAUCAUCCAUCUCUUCAGGACCUACUCCUUCCUUAACCUCCUUUUCCUCUGUUACCCGUUUGGAAUGUACAUCCCGUUCCUGCAGCUGAACUAUGACUUUCGAAAAACAAGCCUCUUCAGCCAGGUGGCCAACAUUGGUCCUCGGGAGGCCGGAGGCAGUGGAGGCGGCCCUCCUUCACGGGGCCGGGACUACCUGACGGUUCUGAAGGAGACAUGGAAGCAGCACACUCAGCAGCUGUACGGUGCUGAAGCAAUGCCCACUCACGCCUGCUGCCUCUCCCCUGAUCUCAUCCGCAACGAGGUGGAAUUCCUCAAGAUGGACUUCAACUGGCGCAUGAAGGAGGUACUGGUUAGCUCCAUGCUCAGCGCCUACUACGUGGCCUUUGUGCCAGUGUGGUUUGUGAAGAACACCCAUUAUUAUGACAAGCGCUGGUCCUGUGAGCUCUUCUUGCUGGUGUCCAUCAGCACCUCGGUGAUCCUCACCCAGCACCUCCUGCCUGCACACUAUUGUGACCUGCUCCACAAAGCUGCUGCCCACUUAGGCUGCUGGCAAAAGGUGGAUCCUGCCCUCUGCUCGAACGUGCUUCAGCAUCAGUGGACAGAGGAGUGCACGUGGCCACAGGGUGUACUGGUGAAACACAGCAAAAAUGUCUACAAAGCCAUUGGCCACUACAAUGUGGCGGUGCCUUCAGACGUCUCCCAUUUCCGCUUCCAUUUUUUUUUUAGCAAACCACUGAGGAUCCUCAAUAUCCUUCUUCUGCUUGAGGGAGCUGUCAUCUUCUACCAGCUGUAUUCACUGGUCUCCUCAGAGAAAUGGCACCAGACCAUUUCUCUGGCACUCAUCCUUUUCAGCAACUAUUACGCCUUCUUCAAGCUGCUGCGGGACCGGCUGGUACUGGGCAAGGCAUACUCCUAUUCAGCCAGCCAUCGCCAGCCCGAGCACAAGUUCAGUUGAAUCGAGGCUAGCUGGGCCAUUUCAGGAGGAUGGGGUGGGACUGGGGGGGAGGGAAGAAAAAAACAACCAAAAAACCCACAAAAAAAAAAUCAGAGCUCUGUAUUUUUGUUACGACUGUUCUUUCUUUGAUAACUGAUGUAAUUAAAAGGAGAAAAGAAAUGA